AUGGACAGAAUGGAUACCUAUAAACAACUUAUUUUUGGGGCAAAGCCGAAAUGGACAGCGAUUCUGACAGCCACAGCAUGCGGUGCAAGUGCCUUGGUCCUUUUGCUGAAAUGGUUCGAACACCACCAGUCGUGGAAGAAAAUUCAGAGGGCAAAAGUGCGAAGAGAAAAGUCGCUGCAACGAGCUGAGCAUGCUGUCUGUCAGUUCAAAGAAUCGGUAAGUUUGACUUUAGUUUAGCGAAAACUUGCUCUCGAGAACCCAAGGGGGCAUUCUCCCUCUAUGUAUAGACUAAGCGAAAGCUAGCUAACAACCUCAAUGAAUGAACAUUCAACACUGCUGAUUAAGUUAGUCAGUCAGUUAGGCAGUCAGCCACCCCAGUACUAUAUAAUAACUGAUCUAUUUAAUGUCUAACUCACUCCAAGUUAAUGUUCGAAACAGUUUUCACUUAGCCAUAAAUGCAUAAAGUGAAAAGAGGCAUAGGGGGUAUUCAGAGGACCCCUACACGACUACCCCACUGACUGAGAUAGCAUGACAUUUUGUUUUGUUUUUCAGAAAGGGUAGUUUGAUAGAUAUCUGGUGGUAUAGGCCUACCCAAUGUUAAUACUUCUUUGAUUCCCAUGUCAGCACCCUGAAACGGACACCUCUCUCAUCCUCUCUCUGACCCUGGCUGAGCUGUCCAAACAGCUGAAGGAUGGAACACUAACUCCACAAGCUGUGUUCCACUCAUACAUGGAAAAGGUAAUGCACAAACGAAUCAACAUCCCCAGUAAAUCAGUUAUAGCGCAUACCAGCUAUUUCUAAUGUACAUUUUGUGGACUGCAUAUUUUUUUUAAAUAGUUGAGCGUUUUGUUUUCACUGCAAGCAUGGGUGACCUAGUCUUGUGCCCUAAAUCAGUGAUCUUUGACCGGUCAUAUCCUACUCCUGCAAUGUUUUCUGCAAACCAUUAACCGUCUAACAAUGUUUACGUAUUUAAAUGGAAUGUCACAGCCGACAGCCUUGAGAAGGCCUUUACACUGAGUGUACAAAACAUUAGGAACACCUUCCAAAUGUUGAGUUGCACCCCCUUUUGCCCUCAGAACAGCCUCAAUUUGUCGGGGCAUGGACUCUACAAGGUGUCGAAAGCGUUCCAUAGGGAUGCUGGCCCAUGUUGAUGCCAAUGCUUCCCACAGUUGUGUGAAGUUGACUGGAUGUCCUUUGUGUGGUGGACCUUUCUUGAUACACUCGGGAAACUGUUGAGCGUUAAAGCCCCAGCAGCGUUGCAGUUCUUGACACAAGCCUGGCACCUACUACCAUACCCCAUUCAAACGCACUUAAAUAUUUUGUCUGGCCCAUUCACCCUCUGAAUGGCACACAUACAAAAUCCAUGUCUGAAUUGUCUCGAGGCUUAAAAAAUAAUUUGUUAACCUGUCUCCUCCCCUUCAUCUAAACUGAUUGAAGUGGAUUUAACAAGUGACAUCACUAAGGGAUCAUAGCUUUCACCUGGUCAGACUGUCAUGGAAAGAGCAGGUGUUCAUAAUGUUUUGUACACUCAGUGUAUGAUGACAUGCCUGGAUAAUUUUUGCAGUGUUUACAAAACAAAUGCAGCUGUAUUGUAUAAAAUAAUGCAUUUUGUUGUAUUGAAGGCCUAUCACCUAUUAGGCAACAUUUCUUGUGGGGUGUGGUAAUCAAUCUAGCAUGGUCCCAGAUCUGUUUUGGCAUCUGUUUGUGCUCUUGUUACAAUGACCAUACGAGUUGACAAGACAACACAAACAGAUCUGGGACCAUGCUACUAGGCCUAUCAAUCUACUAAAGCAGUCCCAUUGAUUUCUCCCGUGCUGUUUCCCAACAGACCUUGGAGGUCAAUAGGAGACUGAACUGUUGCACUGAGGUCCUGCUGGAAAGUUGGGAUCAGCUGGAGGAUAUUGACUCUUGCAAAGAUGGUCUCCUUUAUGGGGUCCCUGUCAGCAUCAAGGAAAAUAUGGGAUACAAGGUAGUGUUGAUUAGGUGCCGUUUCAGUGUCUUUCAUUGCCCUUUUCCCCUGUACCUAGUCCUGGACUAAAACACUUUAAAUGGAGAUUCUCCAUUGAACAUUCUUUUUAGUCUAGGACUAGGCUUAAUCUGUGUCCAGGAAGCUGCUCCAUAGUAGGCCUGUCUGUAACAUCUCUGUUUGUGCACUUUUAGUUGACUCUCUCGUGACAUAAGCCCAACCGGUAACAUGGUUCUGGGAUCAGAGAUUGUGCUUCUAUACUGAACAAAAUAAAUAGAAACGCAACAUGUAAAGUGUUGGUCCCAUGUUUCAUGAGCUGAAAUAAAAGAUUGCAUAAAUUUUCCAUACAAAUUCUGUGCACAAAUUUGUUAACAUCACUGUUAGUGAGCAUUUCUCUUAUGCCAAGAUAAUCCAUCCACCUGACAGGUGUGGCCUAUCAAGAAGCUGAUUAAACAGCAUGAUCAUUACACAGGUGCACCUUGUGCUGGGGACAAUAAAAGGCCACUCUAAAAUGUGCAGUUGUCACACAACACAAUGCGACAGAUGUCUCAAGUUUUGAGGGAGCAUGCAAUUGGCAUGCUGACUGCAGGAAUGUCCACCAGAGUUGUUGUCAGAGAAUUUAAUGUUAAUUUCUCUACCAUAAGCCGCCUCCAACGUCGUUUUAGGGAAUUUGGCAGUAUGUCCAACCGGCCUCACAACCGCAGACCACGUGUAACCACGCCAGCCCAGGACCUCCACUUCCGGCUUCUUCACCUGCUGGAUCAUCUGAGACCAGCCACCCGGAAAGCUGAAACCUUUUGUGGGGAAAAACUCAUUCUGAUUGGCUGGGCCUGGCUCCCCAGUGGGUGGGCCCAGCCAUGGGUGGGCCCACCCCCACCCACCCAUGGCUACGCCCCUUCCCAGUCAUGUGAAAUCAAUAGAUUAGGGCCUAAUUCAUUUUAUUUCAAUUGACUGAUUUCCUUAUAUGAACUAACUCAGUAAAAUCAUUGAAAUUGUUUUAUGUUGUGUUUAUAUUUUUGUUCAGUAUAGUUGAAUCUCUCGUGACAUAAGCCCUACAUGGUUCUGGGUUCAGAGAUGUGCAUGUCUACUGAAAUAGUAUUUUUUUACAUGAAUGAUUUCCAUGUUGUAGUUUUUCCUCCUGUUUUUGUGUUUAGGGUCAUGACUCUACGUGUGGCGUGAUCUGUAAGUUGGAGCUGCCUGCCACAGGGGACAGUGUGGUGGUUGAAGUGCUGAAGAGACAAGGCGCCAUUCCCUUCGUCAAGACCAAUGUGCCCCAAGGCCUGCAAAAGUAAAUAGUUGUUAUAGACUUGUGAAUGCAACAAAUGAGAUUCAGAAUGUUAUUUGCAUACCAAACAAUGUCAACUGGUGAAUGAUCGCCACAUACACUGGAGCUACAUUGACACACUGUAGUAGGUGGGAUAACGAUUGCUUUGACGUGCCAGUUGCACCACAGUAAGUCAUGUAAUUUAGUGCAAGAGCUAUGACUUGAGUAAUGUGAUUGAGGAAUGUCUGGACGUGGUAAUCGUCGAAGCCCUAAGACCAGGCUAGUCCGCAUCCAUGUCUCAUGUUGUUAGCAAGCAGUCCUUUAAACAUGUCCUAAAAAUCUGUUUAUUGUCCCCGUUUCCAGCUAUGACUGUGGUAACCCCAUCUAUGGGCGGACUCUGAACCCCCACAGCCCCCAGAAAACGCCAGGGGGCUCGUCGGGCGGGGAAGGGGCGCUGAUUGGAGGAGGGGGCUCGGUUCUGGGCAUAGGGUCCGACAUCGGGGGCAGCAUCCGCAUCCCAUCAUCCUUCUGUGGGAUCUGUGGCUUCAAGCCCACAUCCAACAGGCUGAGGUGGGUGGGUGUGUUAUUGGGUCUGUCUGUUACUCUUAGUGUGUCUGUCAGUGUUCGUUAGUGUUUCUGUCAAUGUAUCUGUUAGUGAAUCUGUGUGUCUCAUGGUAACAUGGCCUAAUAUGUUAUCUAUAGCAAUGCUCAUAACCUUGAGCACAGUUCAAAGAAAGAGUACAUCACAAGACUCCCAGAUUACAUCACAAGAUGUUUAUUUCCCCUGUAAAACCAUACAUUCUGUGCUUAUGCUGAUGUGCAUGUCAAUGACCUGAUUUGGCUUAGUUAAAUAUUGACUGAUUUGUCUUUGUUUUAGUUAUUUUUUAUAUAUUUUUUUUUGGCGAGGCGCUACUUGAUUGUCUUGGUUAGAUAUUGACCUGAUUGUCUUGGUUAGAUAUUGACUGACUUUCCCAUUUACUUAUUUCUUUGUAUGUUUUUUUUUUAGUUUGCGAGGUGCUAGCUCCUGUACCCGGGGCCAAAAGUCAGGUAAGGCUCAAACAUAUAACUGUUAUCCCUGCUCAUGCAUAGUAAAUAAAUUGGUAACAUUUUACCUGACCCCUCUGUCAGUCCUUCAUAAGGUCUACAAAAAAAAAUAUUUUCAAAAGAAAAGUGAGCACUGCUUUGAUUCUGUGGAAAAUAUAGUAAUUCUUUCAAAAGGGUGCUUAUUGCAUUAUAUAAAGUAACUCUGGUAUUGUAGCGACAUGGUAACUAAUGAAAUUGUUAGUGUUUAGUGACUUGUUUGUGUUAUGCUUGUUCCAGUGCUGUCGUCCCUUGGGCCCAUGGCGAGAGACGUGGACAGCCUGGCUCUCUGUAUGCAGGCUCUGCUCUGUGACCACAUGUUCACCCUGGACCCCAUGGUACCACCCAUCCCAUUCAACCAACAGGUGGGUUCUCUGUCACAGGGAGGAGGGAGAAGUUGCCCACAGAUGCUGGUCUUGGGUCAGUCUAGUAUUUUCCCCACUAAUGGUUACGGUUAGGAUUGUGGGAGGGGAAGAUGAUCCUAGAUCCGUACAUAGUCUCAGGUUCCAGGGUGAAGUUUAUCUUAUCAUAGAAUACGUAUCAUUAGCUAGGUUUCCAUACAAUUGGCGACAGAUUUUCAUGCGAAUGUUGUAAAAUCUGUAUAAAAACAAUACGUGCAUUUUCCCACCAGAGAUUUGUUUCCAUCAAAUUGACUUGUUGUGGUCAAGGGCUGUGCGUGAUGACGUAGUGCAAAUGAAAAUACUUUUCACGGUUAAAUUCCCAUGUACUGAAUAAAAAAAAUACAAGUUAAAUGGGUUUCCAUCGCAUUUUCAACUCUACUGAUGGUUUUCUUACAAAUAAAUCUGCGUUAUAUAGCAAGUUUGCCCACUCUGGUAUUGGCAUGUGCAGGGGCGGAUUGGUCAUCUGGCAAUUCUGGCAAAUGCCAGAUGGGCUGGACAGUUUUCUUAGUUGGGUAGACUGAUCAAAAUUGACAAUCAAAAAUGUGACAUGGGCUUCAGGCCAUGGGGCUGUUAAGAUUUGUUUUAAAGAUGUUUGCGCAAUUUCUCUGUUGUACUAAGCUACAUUGUCGCCUCACUCAAAACGUCCUCUUUUUUUGGCCGGCUAAAACCAUAAUUUGGCCAAACAGUAAAGUGCAUUAUCCUCAUGACUCCUGUAAUGAAAGUGUCUGCCCUGCCCCUGUGCCCUCUCUGGAGUCUGCUGCUGUGAUGAACGAGCCACUCUCCUCUCCCCCAAUGCGCUCUGAUCGUGUAACAUUUCAAAAUGCAAUUGCGGGAAAAGCACAGCUUUGGAAGCUUUGUCCCUGUCGAAGAGAGGAGGGUGUCAGUUUUCUGUAGGUAAACUUUUGAUGUAGCUCUGAGAUGGAGCGGUGCGCGCACGAAAUGUGCACCGGCCAUUGGGAGGACAUUCAAUUUACUGUUGGAUGAAUACAUGGCUACUAGCAGUGGGUAUUAUAUUUACAGUUUGCGAUGUGGGCUGGUGUGGAUAAAAUGCCAGGGCCAAAUUCUUGUCCCAGUCCGCCCCUGGGCACGUGCACUCUAGCCAACAGCUAGCAGAUACACAGUGUUCAAAACAUUAAGAACACCUUCCUAAUAUUCAGUUGCACCCCACCCCCCCUUUGCCCUCAGAACAGCCUCAAUUCGUCGGGGCAUGGACUCUACAAGAUGUCAAGCGUUCCACAGGGAUGCUCGCCAUUUGUUGACUCCAAUACUUCCCACAGUUGUGUCAAGAUGGCUGGUUGUCUUUUGGGUGGUGGACCAUUCUUGAUACACACGGGAAACUGUUGAGCGUGAAAAACUCAGCAGCGUUGCAGUUCUUGACACAAACAGGUGCGCCUGGCAACUACUACCAUACCCUGUGAAUGGCACACAUACACAAUCUGUGUUUCAAGGUUUAAAUAUCCUUCUUAACCCUCUUCAUCUUCACAAGUGGUCACCAACCUUUUCUGAGUCAAGAUCACUUUGAGUCCAAAAGCAAGCCGAGAUCUACCACUCUGAUAAAGAAAAUACAAACAUGACUUCAAAAACAUAAGCCUAUGCAACAUUAACCAAUUAAAAACAGUUAUGUAGCAUUGAGGUUUGUGCUGUAGGCUAUAGGCCCAAUACAUUUUCACUGCAUAUUGGCUAUCCUUGAAUUGCCCUGCCAAUGUUGUUCUUCUCAGACCAUUUUUAAAUUAUAUUUCAACAUUUUACGUAUAUGAUCAAACUUGUAUAAUCUGUUGGAUUUCUUGUGUGGCAGAGCUGACUGAGCAUAAUAAUUAGCUUUUAUUUUUUUACUGGACUGAUGGCCAGUGUCUCAUAGUCAGUCUGAGGGGAGGGAGGGAGGGAGGGAGAGAGAGAGCAGUGGCUUCCUCUCACCCGAUUCACUGCCCUUCCGCUCUCCCUCCCUCCGCUGAGAAAAGGGGAAACAGUCUUCCUUCCAGCUGACAGGGGUGGCCUAUCAAGAAGCUCAAGUCGCACUGCGUUAUUUCUGUCUCAUGCACCAAUUUAUGUUACUCUUAUCACCAGAGAAAGAAAAAUACUAGACAAAAGCCGCUAAUAAUAACAACGCAAGCUUAUCGAAACACUUUGCUAUAGUCAUUCAUUGCAGCUGCAGUGCUGGUUGUAGUGUGAGUGGAAGUAGGGAGAACACACCUUUUAACGUCUUAUAAAAGUGUUGAAUAACAACCUAAACAUGAACUUAUAAAAACAGCAACUCUUUGCUCUAUUCAUUGAGUCUCUCUCUAGUCAUGGUUUUAAAAGUUUUAAAAUCUCACAGUAUCAACUUUUCUGUGCGCUCAAGGCUUCUUUUUACAGUCUGGCUCGAGGAAACUGUGCAGACACGGUGAACUGAGCAAUCUGAUUGGCCAGCGGUAGGCCGAUAGGUGCACUUGAUUUGCUCUCUGGGCCUGCAGCGUAAGCAGAGUUUUACCUUCAAACACAUGAAACAACACAUUGCCUUCCUGACGCUAGGGCUGCUGAAUCAAGUGCACCUAUAGCGAAUAGCGCUAAACUAUUUUUUAAAUAGGAAAUAUUUGGUGAUCGACUACGAAUGCCUUGGAAAUCGAUUAGUCGAUCGCAAUCGACCGGUUGGUGACCACUGAUCAAGUAAAAUAAAAAUGGUCACAUGCGCCGAAUACAACAAGUGUAGGUAGACCUUACGGUGAAAUGCUUACUUACAAGCCCUUAACCAACAAUGCAGUUCAAGAAAUAGAGUUAAGAAAAUAUUUACAAAAGAAACUAAAGUAAAAAAUUAAAUAAAAAGUAACACAAUAACGAGGCUAUAUGCAGGUGGUACCGGUCCCGAGUCAAUGUGUGGGGGUACAGGUUAGUCAAGGUAAUUUGUACAUGUAGGUAGGGGUAAAGUGACUAUGCAUAGAUAAUAAACAGCGAGUAGCAACAGUGUAAAAACAAAUGUAAAUAGUCUGGGUGGCCAAUUGAUUAAUUGUUCACCAGUAGAGCUCAUCACUGUAGGUACUCAGCUGGUAGAGCACGGCGCUUGUAACGCCAAGGUAGUGGGUUCGAUCCCCGGGACCACCCAUACACAAAAAUGUAUGCACGCAUGACUAAGUUGCUUUGGAUAAAAGCGUCUGCUAAAUGGCUUAUUAUUAUUAUUAUUAUUAUUAUUAUUAUUAUUAUUAUCACCAUGCACUUUCACCACCCUGUGAAGUUCAUCAUAAUGUAUUUCAUCUGUAGCCUAAUAAAGUGCAUGUUUUCCUGAUGAGUCGUAGUGGGAGGACCACACGUCAUCGCGUGACUCCAUAUUUAAUUCGAUAUGAUGGUUAUUCUAUAAAUAUUUGCACUCCAGCGCUUACACCGAUAUUUCUUGCAUCAUUAAUUUACGGACACAAAAAGAUCCCACCUUGUCUAGCGUAUUUUUCUUUGUCGACAUUUGGAAAGUCUACCGACAAAUUAUCCGUUUCCAUCGGGCCUGUCACAACAUUUUAUAUCCAAAAUAUACUUUACUUGUAUUCAAGAAGGUUGGAUGGAAACCUGGUUAUUGAAUAUAAUGGGAGAUCCAUAUUAUUAUUAUUAUUAUUAUUAUUAUUAUUAUACUGAACAAAACUAUAAACGCAACAUGCAACAAUUUAAAAUAUUUUACUGAUUUACAGUUCAUAUAAGGAAAUCAGGAAAUUUCAAUAAAUUUAUUAGGCCCUAAUCUAUGGAUUUCGCAUGACUGGGAAUACAGAUAUGCAUCUGUUGGUCAAAGAUACCUUUAAAAAAAAAGGUAGUGGCGUUUAUCAGAACCAGUCAGUAUUUGGUGUGACCACCAUUUUGCCUCAUGCAGCGCGACAUCUCCUUUGCGUAGAGUUGAUCAGGCUGUUGAUUGUGGCCUGUGGAAUGUUGUCCCACUUCUCUUCAAUGGCUGUUCGAAGUUGCUGGAUAUUGGUGGGAACUGGAACAAGCUGUCGUACAUGUCGAUCCAGAGCAUUUCAAUCAUGCUCAAUGAGGGACAUGUCUGGUGAGUAUGCAGGCCAUGGAAGAACUGAGACAUUUUCAGCUUCCAGGAAUUGUGUACGGAUCCUUGCGACAUGGGGCUGUGCAUUAUCAUGCUGAAACAUGAGGUGAUGGUGGUGGAUGAAUGGCACGAUGGCACGACAAUGGGCCUCAGGAUCUCAUCACGGUAUCUCUGUGCAUUCAAAUUGCCAUCGAUAAAAUGCAAUUGUGUUCGUUGUCCGUAGCUUAUGCCUGCCCAUACCAUAACCCUACCGCCACCAUGGAGCACUCUGUUCACAACGUUGACAUCAGCAAACCGCUCGCCCACACGACGCCAUACACGUGGUCUGCGGUUGUGAGGCUGGUUGGACAUACUGCCAAAUUUUUCAAAAUGAUGCUUAUGUUAGAGAAAGGAACAUUCAAUUAUCUGGCAACGGCUCUGGAGGACAUUCCUGCAGUCAGCAUACCAAUUGCACACUCCCUCAACUUGAGACAUCUGUGGUGUUGUGUGACUAGGGCUGUUGCGGUGACCGUAUUACCGCCACACCAGCGGUCACGAGUCAGGAAGGCAGUCAAAUUCCACAUGACCAUUUAGUCACAGUAAUUAGGCUUCUCCAAGCUCUGAUGCUGCUGAUGGUCAUUAGUAGCCUACCAAACUUGCUAACUGGUACUCAGCACUCUAUUGUCCCUCUAAUCACUCUGACAUCAAUGUAUUCGAAAAUCUAAUCAAACACUUCACGAGAGCCCAUGAGCUCAUGUUGCGCAACAUUUCAAUAGGCUAUGCAAUUGCGUGCGAAGUGAUGGCCUCUACUGAAAAGAGGAGGAUCAGCUUUCUAUAGGCUAGGCCUACUAUAUUUCUUUUUCAACUUUCCUAAUAUUAAGCACAUUGCUUAUAUUUACAACAGGAGUAUAGCCUACCUGGCUGGCAUGAAAAUAAACCACGGGGAAAAGCGUCCUCCAUUCGCUAUUUAAGUGCAUAGAUGACGUAUUUUUCCCGCUGCCCCGGUUUCAAUACAGGUGCAUGAUAAUUGUCCAUUAUAAAUCAAAACAAAUUUCACACAUAUACAGUGGGGAGAACAAGUAUUUGAUACACUGCCGAUUUUGCAGGUUUUCCUACUUACAAAGCAUGUAGAGGUCUGUAAUCUUUAUCAUAGGUACACUUCAACUGUGAGAGACGGAAUCUAAAACAAAAAUCCAGAAAAUCACAUUGUAUGAUUUUUAAGUAAUUAAUUUGCAUUUUAUUGCAUGACAUAAGUAUUUGAUACAUCAGAAAAGCAGAACUUAAUAUUUGGUACAGAAACCUUUGUUUGCAAUUACUGAGAUCAUACGUUUCCUGUAGGUCUUGACCAGGUUUGCACACACUGCAGCAGGGAUUUUGGCCCACUCCUCCAUACAGACCUUCUCCAGAUCCUUCAGGUUUCGGGGCUGUCGCUGGGCAAUAUGGACUUUCAGCUCCCUCCAAAGAUUUUCUAUUGGGUUCAGGUCUGGAGACUGGCUAGGCCACUCCAGGACCUUGAGAUGCUUCUUACGGAGCCACUCCUUAGUUGCCCUGGCUGUGUGUUUCGGGUCGUUGUCAUGCUGGAAGACCCAGCCACGACCCAUCUUCAAUGCUCUUACUGAGGGAAGGAGGUUGUUGGCCAAGAUCUCGCGAUACAUGGCCCCAUCCAUCCUCCCCUCAAUACGGUGCAGUCGUCCUGUCCCCUUUGCAGAAAAGCAUCCCCAAAGAAUGAUGUUUCCAUCUCCAUGCUUCACGGUUGGGAUGGUGUUCUUGGGGUUGUACUCAUCCUUCUUCUUCCUCCAAACACGACGAGUGGAGUUUAGACCAAAAAGCUAUAUUUUUGUCUCAUCAGACCACAUUACCUUCUCCCAUUCCUCCUCUGGAUCAUCCAGAUGGUCAUUGGCAAACUUCAGACGUGCCUGGACAUGCGCUGGCUUGAGCAGGGGGACCUUGCGUGCGCUGCAGGAUUUUAAUCCAUGACAGCGUAUUGUGUUACUAAUGGUUUUCUUUGAGACUGUGGUACCAGCUCUCUUCAGGUCAUUGACCAGGUCCUGCCGUGUAGUUCUGGGCUGAUCCCUCACCUUCCUCAUGAUCAUUGAUGCCCCACGAGGUGAGAUCUUGCAUGGAGCCCCAGACCGAGGGUGAUUGACCGUCAUCUUGAACUUCUUCCAUUUUCUAAUAAUUGCGCCAACAGUUGUUGCCUUCUCACCAAGCUGCUUGCCUAUUGUCCUUUAGCCCAUCCCAGCCUUGUGCAGGUCUACAAUUUUAUCCCUGAUGUCCUUACACAGCUCUCUGGUCUUGGCCAUUGUGGAGAGGUUGGAGUCUGUUUGAUUGAGUGUGUGGACAGGUGUCUUUUAUACAGGUAACGAGUUCAAACAGGUACAGUUAAUACAGGUAAUGAGUGGAGAACAGGAGGGCUUCUUAAAGAAAAACGAACAGGUCUGUGAGAGCCGCAAUUCUUACUGGUUGGUAGGUGAUCAAAUACUUAUGUCAUGCAAUAAAAUGGAAAUGAAUUACUUAAAAAUCAUACAAUGUGAUUUUGUUUUUUUGUUUUAGAUUCCGUCUCUCACAGUUGAAGUAUACCUAUGAUAAAAAUUACAGACCUCUACAUGCUUUGUAAGUAGGAAAACCUGCAAAAUCGGCAGUGUAUCAAAUACUUGUUCUCCCCACUGUAUGUUUUAAUAAGGUUUGUAUCACAACUAAAGUGGCCAAAUAACAUCUUAAAAUUAAGCACUUUAAUCCGCUUUACAAGGGGUGUAGAGCCUAACUGGCGUACAUAAGAAGCGCGUGAGUUUCAAGUCUGGGGAAGAUCAUUUUCAACAUAAAAAUGCACCUUUAUAAUGAAAGCAUUACAUGCAUAAUCGCAUUUGUGGUCACUUUUGAUCAUUGUGUUUUCCCGCAAAUGGAACAUUCGCACUUAAAGCCUACUGCCGUGUGCGCAUUGCUGCGCUUAUAAUGUGAAGAAAUAGCCUAAUAGUUUAUCAGUUUUAAGCUAAACGUUCUGAUCUGUUGCGUCAGCCUCAUUGCGUAAAAAGGUUGUAUUAAUUUGGGAUCUAUUUCAUCCCUGUCGUCGAAAUUCUAACCAGAAAGGAAGAGACUGUAGAUUCUUCAACCAACAACUUUUUAUUUUAAGAUUUGCAAAUCUGGUGCUGGUUAACAUUCCACUCAACAGUGCAGAGUUAAGAGCCCAUCAACAAGAGUUGGGUCUCAGCUUUCAUAACCUUUGUCUACUUGGCAGUUUAGCAGGUGUGUGAGAGCAUGGUGGGAACAGCGCACAAACAAGUGAUGACGCCAGUUUUGUUACUCCUUUCUGCUGAUAGAAUUGUCACUGUUGCUCAAGCUAGCCUCUGUUCUCCUCAUAUCUCCACACAGCUGUGCCCCUUGAAAGAUACGAAAAGAACAGGAUGGACCAAAAACUGUGGUCAGUCAGAGGCUCUUUGUCUUGUGACUAAGUUGAACAGAGGCAGUCGAAAAAUACCAGCUUCUUCUUACAAGACCUUCAAACAGACAGUGGACAUUUACAGGUUUAAGGCUCAUACAGCGCAUGUGCAUAAGAGAGUUUGUAAUUUUCCAACAUAUCCCAGACUAUGUUUGGAAUGUUUAUUUCUCGCACAGCAUAGAAUAGGUCAACUUUUUUACUAUGGGGGAUAGUAGAUUGACAUAGUCUAGUGCUUUUGCUGUUCGUUAGGCCUACUCAUCUUGUUGGCUGACGAAAAGUAAAUGUGGACAGUUCUUUCAAUAUGCACCUCGGAAUUGGAUAAGGACACGCGCAGUUGCGUCCCCGAUGUGUCUGUCUUCACUUGUACCCUGUGAGAAAGACCCGAUCACGUGAUUGAGAGCCGUGUGAGUGAGAUGAGGGGUGCUUCGGAGCGUGCAGCACUCAGGGAGAAGGGGUGCAAAAGGCAAGGAUUUUUUUAGGGUGCAUUAUGGCCGCACAAAGGGGAUGCCGCCGGGAAAUUCGAGUCAUUAUCAAUUGCUUCUCAGAUUGUGAAUGAGAGACUGACGAAUGCAACUAAAUCAUCAUUAGUUGCAUCAUGCAGCCUUACAAUUAAUUAAAAAUCAAAACAUAUAUUUGUAGAACAACUGAAGUUCCAUUAAUAACUCUAAAUUAAGCAUAUAUUAGAACCUAUUUCUUUGUUAACCGCUCAACACAGAAUAGCCGCAUAAUAAUAAAUAAUAAUGGAUUUAUUGUGAAGGUGUAGGCUAUAUUACAUGGAUUUAUUAGACUGUUUAAAAUGUAGAUGUUCCAAAGGUCGGCAUCAGUGGCUUGUAGGCUAUGUGUGGAAGCCAGGAGAUGCUAAAUGUGUUUAUGUUAAUUAACGGUCAAUUACCGUGAGACCGACAGCUAUUUGCUUGACAAUCACCGGCUGACGGAAUUUCGUGACCGCCACAGCGUGACAACUGCACAUUUUAGAGUGGCCUUUUAUUGUCCCUAGCACAAGGUUCACCUGUGUAAUGAUCAUGCUGUUUAAUCAGCUUCUUGAUAUGACACACCUGUCAGGUGGAUGGAUUAUCUUGGCAAUGGAGAAAUGCUCAUUACAGGGAUGUAAACUAAUUUGUGCACAACAUUUGAGAGGAAUAAGCUUUUUUGUGCUUAUGGAAAAUUUCUGGGAUCUUUUAUUUUAGCUUAUGAAACAUGGGACCAGCACUUUACAUGUUGCGUUUAUAUUUCUGUUCAGUAUAUAUUACUAUUAUAUUUUCUGAUGGAAAAUCUUUAUAUCCUUCCUCCGUUCUCCAGGUAUACCAGAGCUCCAAGCCCCUGAGGAUCGGUUACUAUGAGGACGAUGGCUACACUAUGCCCUCUCCAUGCAUGGGCCGAGCCCUGAGGGAGACCAAGGCGUUGUUGGAGAGAGCAGGGCACACGGUGAGUAACCCCCAGCCCAAAUCUGAUCUAUUUGUCAUAAUCCAGAUCAAAGAGCUUGGUUGAACACUUUUAUCAGACACAGUGUUGACUUGGACUGCUGAAUGACAUGAAUAUAAAAAUAUGCAUAAUUAGUUUAUAGUUCGAUCCAUGACUGUAUUGAUAUGUAAUUGCAAAUUGCAUUCCUUUCUCUCCCUCGAUGCCUCCUCAUCUCUCGCACUCUCCCUCCAUCACCCCCCCCCCCCCCCAUCUCACUCUUUCCACCCCCCCCAUCUCUCUCACUCACUAGUUGGUUUCCUUCAGUCCUCCCAGGCUGUUCUAUGCCAUGCAUGAGCUGGUUGUCAGGGGUAUCGUAGCCGACGGAUGCACUACCUUGCUUAGCAACCUGUGAGUCAAAUUACCCUGGGUUGUGUUCAGUAGGGCACACCGUAGCAAAGCAUUUUGAAACGGAAAAUGAAAAUUACUGUUUCUCAUUGAACAAGUCCAUGUUGUCGUUCCCUGAUUCAACCUGUUUACUUCCAUUUUGGGCCUAAUGGACAUGACCCUGGUAAUCCCAACGAGUUAAACAAAACUACCCCAAUGAACGUCCCUGGGAGUGAAAUGAACUAUCCAGGACACUAAAAUAUGUUGUCAAUGAAAGUAACUCUGUUUGUGUGUUAUUUCAGGAAAGGGGGGCCAGUCGACCCGUGUCUGAGGGUUCAGAUUAUCCCCUACCGUCUGCCUCGCACUGUGAAGAAAAUCCUCUCCAUUCUCCUCAAGCCUAUAGUGAGUGAAGGGAAGGUUAAAACAGUGACCUAGGAGCUGGAGAAACCAUUCCCCCCGCCCAAUGACUCCUUCACAGUUCUGCAUCAUUGUAAUUCCUAUGGAUGAGUGCAUCUUUCUACUGUAUAUUCAAUUGAUGAAACUGUAGCAUCAAUGCUUUUAUUGUAAUACUUGUUUUGAUUAUAUCCGCCAAAUUAUGUACACCUGCCCUCAGGAGUUAACAGGGGUAUAGGGGUGUGAAGAGUAGUUUGCAUUUGGUCUAAAGUGCUGGAGAAUGUGGUCGACUGGGAAUACUGGUUAUGUAAUUAUGUAGUAGUGAUGUAUUAUGAAGCUUCUGACACGUUUCCCUCCCUCAGUUUCCCCGCAUCGCUGCCGCUAUGGAGAGCCUGCGUGGAGUUGGGUGAGCUGCCUGAUCAGCCUUGUUCUCCAGUGUUUAUGAAAUGCAGAAGUAACCAUAAUGAAUUACUCCAUCACUUCCUUUUUCACCAGCUCUGUGCAAGACCUGUGGAGGCAGCAUGCGGAUGUGGAGGUAGGUAGACAUUUGGCCAACGUGGUUCACAUAUCAGUCUAGAGAUCAACCAAGUGACCGCCGCAUGCGUUAUAUUUUACAGCGAAGGCUGCAGCAGAAGCAAACUCUUUUGUAGGCGACUCUUUCGUACGUGUGCGCCCGUGUGUGCGGGAUUACCUGGCGAACGGCUGGCUCACAGAGGAACUCGUUAAGGCUUUCAUUGGCUGGGGAACGGCUGGCUCACAGAGGAACUCGUUAAGGCUUUCAUUGGCUGGGGAACGGCUGGCUCACAGAGGAACUCGUUAAGGCUUUCAUUGGCUGGGGAACGGCUGGCUUAUGUAGAAACUCGUGAAGAGUCUUAUUGUCUUAGAUUACAGAGGCCAUAUAAAAAAAAAAAUCACACCUUGAUGUCUCUUUGCCUAUAAACAAUUAUCUGAGUUGCAUGCGAUUGAACAAGUCACAGACAAUAUUUGUGUGUGUAUAUACAGUGCAUUCGGAAAGUAUUCAGACCCCUUGACAUUUUCCACAUUUGUUACGUGAUUUUUUUCCCUCAUCAAUCUACAAACAAUACCCCAUAAUGACAAAGCGAAAACGGGUUUAAUAAUUUUACUUAAGUAUUCAGACUCUUUGCUCUGAGACUCGAAAUUGCGCUCAGGUGCAUCCUGUUUCCGUUGAUCAUCCUUGAGAUGUUUCGACAACUUGAUUGGAGUCCACCUGUGGUAAAUUCAAUUAAUUGGAUAUGAUUUGGAAAGGCACACACCUGUCUAUAUAACGUCCCACAGUUGACAGUGCAUGUCAGAGCAAAAACCAAGCCAUUAGGUCAAAGGAAUUGUCCGUAGAGCUCCGAGACAGGAUUGUCGCGAGGCACAGAUCUGGGGAAGGGUACCAAAACAUUUCUGCAGCAUUGAAGGUCCCCAAGAACACAGUGGCCUCCAUCAUUCUUAAAUGAAAGAAGUUUGGAACCACCAAGACUCUUCCUAGAGCUGGCCGCCCGGCCAAACUGAGCAAUCGGGGGAGAAGGGCCUUGGUCAGGGAGGUGACCAAGAACCCGAUGGUCGCCCUGACAGAGCUCCAGAGUUCCUCUGUGGAGAUGGGAGAACCUUCCAGAAGGACAACUCUGCAGCACUCCACCAAUCAGGCCUUAAUGGUAGAGUGGCCAGACUGUAAAAGGCACAGCCCGCUUGGAGUUUGCCAAAAGGCAACUAAAGACUCUCAGACCAUGAGAAACAAGAUUCUCUGGUCUGAUGAAUCCAAGAUUGAACUCUUUGGCCUGAAUGCAAAGCAUCACGUCUGGAGGAAACCUGGCACCAUUCCUAUGGUGAAGCAUGGUGGUGGCAGCAUCAUGCUGUGGGGAUGUUUUUCAGCGGCAGGGACUGGGAGAAGAGUCAGGAUCGAGGGGAAAGAUGAACGCAGAAAAGUGCAGAGAGAUCCUUGAUAACCUGCUCCAGAGCGCUUAGGACCUCAGACUGGGGGCGAAGGUUCACCUUCCAACAGGACAACGACCCUAAGCACACAGCCAAGACAACGCCGGUGUGGCUUCGGGACAAGUCUCUGAAUGUCCUCGAGUGGCCCAGCCAGAGCCAGGACUUGAACCCGAUCGAACAUCUUUGUGGAGACCUGAAAAUAGCUGUGCAGCGACACUCCCCAUCCAACCUGACAGAGCUUGAGAAGAUCUGCAGAGAAGAAUGGGAGAAACUUCCCAAAUAUAGGUGUGCCAAGCUUGUAGCGUCAUACCCAAGAAGACUUGGGGCUGUAAUCUCUGCCAAAGGUGCUUCAACAAAGGACUGAGUAAAGGGUUGAAAUACUUAUGUAAAUGUAAUAUUUAAGUUUUGCUAAAUUUGCUAACAUUUCUAAAAACGUGUUUUUGCUUUGUCAUUAUGGGGUAUUGUGUGUAGAUUGAUGAGGGGAAUAAAAAUCAAUUUUAGAAUAAGGCUGUAACGUAACAAAAUGUGGAAAAAGUCAAGGUAUCUGAAUACUUUCCAAAUGCAUGCAUACAUGCGUACGUACAUACAUGCAUACAGUGGGGGAAAAAAGUAUUUAGUCAGCCACCAAUUGUGAGGCCUGUAAUUUUCAUCAUAGGUACACGUCAACUAUGACAGACAAAUUGAGGAGAAAAAAAACAGAAAAUCACAUUGUAGGAUUUGUAAUGAAUUUAUUUGCUAAUUAUGGUGGAAAAUAAGUAUUUGGUCACCUACAAACAAGCAAGAUUUCUGGCUCUCACAGACCUGUAACUUUUCUUUAAGAGGCUCCUCUGUCUUCCACUCGUUACCGGUAUUAAUGGCACCUGUUUGAACUUGUUAUCAGUAUAAAAGACACCUGUCCACAACCUCAAACAGUCACACUCCAAACUCCACUAUGGCCAAGACCAAAGAGCUGUCAAAGGACACCAGAAACAAAAUUGUAGACCUGCACCAGGCUGGGAAGACUGAAUCUGCAAUAGGUAAGCAGCUUGGUUCGAAGAAAUCAACUGUGGGAGCAAUUAUUAGGAAAUGGAAGACAUACAAGACCACUGAUAAUCUCCCUCGAUCUGGGGCUCCACGCAAGAUCUCACCCCGUGGGGUCAAAAUGAUCACAAGAACGGUGAGCAAAAAUCCCAGAACCACACGGGGGGACCUAGUGAAUGACCUGCAGAGAGCUGGGACCAAAGUAACAAAGCCUACCAUCAGUAACACACUACGCCGCCAGGGACUCAAAUCCUGCAGUGCCAGACGUGUCCCCCUGCUUAAGCCAGUACAUGUCCAGGCCCGUCUGAAGUUUGCUAGAGUGCAUUUGGAUGAUCCAGAAGAGGAUUGGGAGAAUGUCAUAUGGUCAGAUGAAACCAAAAUAUAACUUUUUGGUAAAAACUCAACUCGUCGUGUUUGGAGGACAAAGAAUGCUGAGUUGCAUCCAAAGAACACCAUACCUACUGUGAAGCAUGGGGGUAGAAACAUCAUGCUUUGGGGCUGUUUUUCUGCAAAGGGACCAGGACGACUGAUCCGUGUAAAGGAAAGAAUGAAUGGGGCCAUGUAUCGUGAGAUUUUGAGUGAAAACCUCCUUCCAUCAGCAAGGGCAUUGAAGAUGAAACAUGGCUGGGUCUUUCAGCAUGACAAUGAUCCCAAACACACUGCCCGGGCAACGAAGGAGUGGCUUCGUAAUAAGCAUUUCAAGGUCCUGGAGUGGCCUAGCCAGUCUCCAGAUCUCAACCCCAUAGAAAAUCUUUGGAGGAAGUUGAAAGUCUGUGUUGCCCAGCGACAGCCCCAAAACAUCACUGCUCUAGAUGAGAUCUGCAUGGAGGAAUGGGCCAAAAUACCAGCAACAGUGUGUGAAAACCUUGUGAAGACUUACAGAAAACGUUUGACCUGUGUCAUUGCCAACAAAGGGUAUAUAACAAAGUAUUGAGAAACUUUUGUUAUUGACCAAAUACUUAUUUUCCACCCUAAUUUGCAAAUAAAUUCAUUAAAAAUCCUACAAUGUGAUUUUCUGGAUAUUUUUCUCUCAAUUUGUCUCUCAUCGUUGACGUGUACUGUUGAUGAUCACAAGUUUACUGGAGAACGGAGACCAAGUAGAGACUUUCGGACAAGGUGGAUAAUUGUAUAAUAUGAGGCAGUUUAUUCAGAGGUAAAGAUAUCUGUAAAUAGCGUGCACGGACCCGUUCGUCAACCUCGUAGGGAGAUAUCUGAGAGCGAGCCCCUAAACAUUGUGUGCUGACAUUUUAUACAAUAAAAUAAAGUAGGUUGAUUCUAGUAGUUCUGAUCUUCUGAUUGGUCCUGAUGAGUUGGUCGAGGUCACCUCCAUUGCAUUGGCUCUGAGUCGGGUUCUCUGUCUUCAGAUGUUCAGCCUAAGAGAAGGGGGUUUUUGUGUGUGUGUGUGCUUAACAAUGAUGAUGUGUGUGUGUGUGUGUGGUGUUGUGUGUGUGUGUAUGUGUGUGUAUGUUUAACAAUGAUGAUGUGGUGUGGUAUGUGUGGUGUGUGUGUGUGGGGUGUGUGUGUGUAUGUCCUCAGAGCUAACUCUGUGAGUUGGAGAACUGAGAUACCCUAUGGCGUGGGUGUUUGUCCAUAGCACCUGCUUAUAAGGCCUGCCAAAUAGACUUCUUUGUGCGUGUAAUUAAAUACAGAGGCCCAACAACAAGUGGGUCAUGCACAAAAUUUUAGUCAACCAGCUAUAACAUUAUAUAUUUACACGACAGUGACCUAUGAUGAAAAUUACAGCCUCUCUCAUCUUUUUAAGUGGGAGAACAUGCACAUUGGUGGCUGACUAAAUACUUUUUUUCCCCCACUGCAAUACAAUACUACUUACUUUUGGUCAUGUAGUGUAGCAGUAAUUCAAUAACAAUCUAUACUUAUGUACUAAAACAUACAUACACUACAUGGCCGAAGGUAUGUGGACACACUUUCAAAUGAGUGGAUUCGGCUAUUUCAGCCAUACCCGUUGCUGACAGGUGGGUAGAAUCGAGCACACAGCCAUGCAAUCUCCAUAGACAAAUAUUGGCAUUCCGACGGACAAAUCUGUGUUUCGCGGAUGCAGGAGAACGUUAUCUGCCCGAAUGCAUAGUGCCAACUGUAAAGUUUGGUGGAGUAGGAAUAAUGGUCAGGGGCUGUUUUUAAAUGGUUCAGCUAGGCUCCUUAGUUCCAGUGAAGGGAAAUCUUAACGCUAUAGCAUACAAUGACAUUCUAGAUGAUUCUGUGCUUCCAAUUUUGUGGCAACUGUUUGGGAAAGGCCCUUUCCUGUUUCAGCAUGACAAGGCCCCCGUGCACAAAGCUAGGUCCAUACAGUUUGUUUGGUGAGAUCAGUGUGGAAGAACAUGACUGGCCUGCACAGAGCCCUGACCUCAACCCCAUCGAACGCCUUUGGGAUGAAUUGGAACACAGACUGCGAGCCAGGCCUAAUCGCUCAACAUCAUUGCCUGAUCUCACUAAUGCUCUUGUGGCUGAAUGGAAGCAAUUUCCCGCAACAAUGUUCCAACAUCUAGUGGAAAGCCUUCCCAGAAGAGUGGAGGCUGUUAUAGCAGCAAAGGGGGGACCAACUCCAUAUUAAUGCCCAUGAUUUUGGAAUGAGAUUUUCCAUUGGCAGAUGUCCACAUACUUUUGGCCAUGGUGUACGUACACUGAUCAAAAAAAUAAAAGAUAGCAUACAUUUUCCAUACGCACAGAAAAGCUUAUUUCUCUCAAAUUUUGUGCACAAAUUUGUUUACAUCCCAAUUAGUGAGCAUUUCUCUUUUGGCAAGAUAAUCCAUCCACCUGACAGGUGUGACAAAUCAAGAAGCUGAUUAAACCACAGGAUCAUUACACAGGUGCACCUUGUGCUGGAGACAAUUAAAGGCCACUCUAAAAUGUGCAGUUUUGUCACACAACACAAUGCCACAGAUGUCUCAUGUUUUGAGGGUGUGUGCAAAUGGCAUGCUGACUGCAGGAAUUUCCACCAGAGCUGUUGCCAGAUAAUUGAAUGUUAUUUCUCUACCAUAAGCCGCCUCCAACGUUGUUUUAGAGAAUUUAGCAGUAUGUCCAACCGGCCUCAUAACCGCAGACCACGUGUAUGGCGUUGUGUGGGCAAGCGGUUUGCUGAUGUCAACGUUGUGAACAGAGUGCUCCGUGGUGGCUGUAGGGUUAUGGUAUGGGCAGGCAUAAGCUACGGACAACGAACACAAUUGCAUUUUAUCAAUGGCAAUUUGAAUGCACAGAGAUACUGUGACGAGAUCCUGAGGCCCAUUGUCGUGCCAUUCGUCCGCCGCCAUCCCUCAUGUUUCAGCAUGAUAAUGCACGGCCCCAUGUCGCAAGGAUCUGUACACAAUUCCUGGAAGUUGAAAAUGUCCCAGUUCUUCCAUGGCCUGCAUAUUCACCAGACAUGUCACCCAUUGAGCAUGUUUGGUAUGCUCUGGAUCGACGUGUACAAAAGUGUGUUCCAGUUCAUGCCAAUAUCCAGCAUCUUCGCACAGCCAUUGAAGAGGAGUGGGACAACAUUCCACAGGCCACAAUCAACUGCCUGAUCAACUCAAUGCAAAGGAGAUGUGCCCUGCUGCAUGAGGCAAAUUGUUUUUUUCUGAUCCACGCCCCUACCUUUUUUUUUUUUUUUUUUUAAGGUAUCUGUGACCAACAGAUGCAUAUCUGUAUUCCCAGUCAUGUGAAAUCCAUAGAUUAGGGCCUAAUUUAUUUAUUUAAAUUGACUGAUUUCCUCAUAUGAACUGUAACUUAGUAAAAUCAAUGAAGUUGUUGCAUAUAUUUUUGUUCAGUAUAAUAAAUCUAGCUUUGGUGAGAAGGCUGUGGGCAUCAAUGUUCUGAGGGAAAUGUUGUUCUCCAUCUGUCCUAAGGACUACAUGCAUGAGGUGAUUGCAGAGUGGAGGAGGUGUGAGCUGGAUGUGCUGCUGUGUCCCAUGAUGGGUCCAGCCUACAACCACAACUACCCUGGCAAACUCACCAGUAUUGUACCCAUCUCUCCUCUCUCUGUGGCAAAUUAACACUUUAUGAAAUGGGGUUUAGGUUAGUCUUUAUAGCAUAGGGAAGUUAACUGUUUUUGCUUAGAGUUGAUUUUGUGUUGUUGUCCAAGGCCACUUGUAUAAUUUACUUAAGUCACACAAAGAUUUACUAAACCUUUGGGGGUUUAUGAGACUUUUCUUUAGACUUAGUCAUGCCCGAUUUUCCAAUGUGUAACGACAAGAUGGUGGUGUGAUUUUAAGUUGUUUCUCUCUCUCUCUUUCCAGGUGCAGUCUCCUACACCAUUCUCUACAAUCUCCUUAACUUUCCUGCUGGAGUGGUUCCUGUCUCCACGGUAACAGCAGAGGAUGAGGAAGAACUCCGGCACUACAAGGGCAACUAUGGGGACCUCUGGGACAAGCUCUACAAAAAGGUAGUCGGAGUCACAAACUCUUCCUCCUAAAACAUUUACAGUAUAUUUAGCCCUUUCCAAACAUAUUUCCAUCUUGACUUGAAGUGGCCAUUUUACCCAUUCUAUACAACCUGUAGCCUAAGCACAUGAUGCAAGACUAUAGUCUCAUAAUUAUUAAUUAAUGUACAUCUUCAUGUAGCUACUAACCUCAAUCUUAGGCUGCAGUGCCACAUGUAACCAGUAGAUGGAGGUCCUGGUUGCUGUGUUGCAGAGUUCAGAUCACUGGGCCCAUAUUCAAAAAGCGUCUUUGAGAAGGAUUGCUGCUAUAGGAUCAGUUUUGCAUUUUAGAUUGCUAGGGGUGGACUGUGGGGAACUGUCCCUAGAGCAGCACUCCUACUCAGAUUUAAAGGAUUUAUGAGUACGGGCUCUGAUCUGCACAUCAUUGGUUGGGACUUACGUAGGUGUGUGUGUCUCUACAGGCAGUGACUGGUGGAGAGGAGCUUCCUGUGGCCGUCCAGUGUGUCGCCCUGCCCUGGCAGGAUGAGCUCUGUCUGCGCUUCAUGAGAGAGGUGGAGAUACUGGUCAGACGAAGAGACGAAGAAAUGAGAGAGGGAUGAAGAGAGCGAUGGAGUGUACAGUACCAGUCAAAGAGUUUGGACAAACCUACUCAUUCGAGGGUUUUUCUUCAUUUUUACUAUUUUCUACAUUGUAGAAUAACAGUGAAGACAUUAAAAACUAUGAAAUAACACAUAUGGAAUCAUGUAGUAAUCAAAUAAAGUGUUAAAUAAAUCAAAAUAUAUUUUAUAUUUGAGAUUCUUCAAAGUAGCCACCCUUUGCCUUGAUGACAGCUUUGCACACUCUUGGCAUUCUCUCAACCAGCUUCAUGAGGUAGUCACCUGGAAUGCAUUUCAAUUAACAGGUGUGUCUUGUUAAUUUGUGGAAUUUCUUUCCUUAAUGCGUUCGAGCCAAUCAGUUGUGUUGUAACAAGGUAGGGGUGGUAUACAGAAGAUAGCCCUAUUUGGUAAAAGACCAAGUCCAUAUUAUGGCAAGAACAGCUCAAAUAAGCAAAGAGAAACGGCAGUCCAUCAUUACUUUAAGACAUGCAGGUUAGUCAAAACGGAACAUUUCAAGAACUUUGAAAGUUUCUUCAAAUGCAGUCGCAAAAACCAUCAAGCGCUAUGAUGAAAUUGGCUCUCAUGAGGACCGCCACAGGAAAGGAAGACCCAGUUACCUCUGCUGCAGAGGAUAAGUUCAUUAGAGUUACCAGCCUCAGAAAUUGCAGCCCAAAUAAAUGCUUCACAGAGUUCAAGUAACAGACACAUCUCAAAAUGAACUCUUCAAAGGAGACUGCGUAAAUCAGGCCUUCGUGGUCGAAUUGCUGCAAAGAAACCACUACUAAAGGACACCAAUAAGAAGAAGAGACUUGCUUGGGCCAAGAGACAUGAGCAAUGGACAUUAGACCGGUGAAGAUAUGUAAUUUGGUCUGAUGAGUCCAAAUUUGCGAUUUUUGGUUCCAACCGCUGUGUCUUUGUGAGACACAGAGUAGGUGAAUGGAUGAUCUCCGCAUGUGUGGUUCCCACCGUGAAGCAUGGAGGUGUGAUGGUUGGGGGUGCUUUGCUGGUGACACUGUCUGUGAUUUAUUUAGAAUUCAAGGCACACUUAACCAGCAUGGCUACCACAGCAUUCUGCAGCGAUACGCCAUCCCAUCUGGUUUGCGCUUAGUGGGACUAAUUUGUUUUUCAACAGGACAAUGACCCAACACACCUCCAGGCUGUGUAAGGGCUAUUUGACCAAUAAGGAGAGUGAUGGAGUACUGCAUCAGAUGACCUGCCCUCCACAUUCCUCUCUCCUUAUUUGGCCUCCUUGUCUCGCCUUUCUCCUCCUUGUCCCUCCUUUCUCCUCCUUGUCCCUCCAAUUAAAUAUCGGAAAUACUUUAUCCGCAUUGUAAAGCCGAGUAUACUCAUGGUCCCUAAUCUAUAAUCCUGGUAUCUCCCUCCGUGUCCCUUCUUCCUCCCGACUCCUCACCUCUCCUCUCUACUCCUUUGUCACAUUUCAUAUUACUCCUUGUCUCUCAUCUAUCCGCCUUGUCUAUACUCAUGUCCUCUUGUCCUCUCCUCUCUCCUCCUCUCCUCUUGUCUCUCCUCUUGUCACUGUCUCCUUGUCUCUACUCUCUCUCCUUGUCCCUCCUCUCUCCUCCUUGUUCUCCUCUCUCCUCCUUGUCUCUCCUCUCUCCUCCUUGUCUCUCUCUUGUCUCUCUCCUCCUGUCUCUCCUCUUGUCUCUCCUCCCUGUCUCCUCCUUGUCUCUCCUCCUUGUCUCUCCUCUGUCUCAUCUUCUCCUUGUCCUCUCUCUCCUCUCCUCUCUUCUCUCUCCUCUUGUCCUCUGUCCUCCUCUCUCCUCCUUGUCUCUUCUCUCUCCUCCUUGUCUCUUCUCUCUCCUUCUUUGCGCUCCUCUCUCCAUCUUGGUGCCACAGAUAAUUGUCCCUCUGUGUCUGUGAGUGAUUACUGCUUUGCCUCAAUAACAGGACAUAUCUUUUAGAGCAGGGAUAGGGGGGGGGGAUCUAAUGACUUAGCUGUUCCAUUGGCAGGGCCAGAGCGCCAUGACUGCUGCGGAUUGUCAUUACACCCAAGUAUUGUAAAUAUGUUUUAAUUUUUUUACAUAAAUGUACAUGUUUUAAACUCCUAGGAUGGGGGACCAUUGGGACAAUGUAUUUUGUUUUUGACCACCGCAACCAACUCCUAUUCUUUUUACUAUAUGAAAUAGUAUAUGAUAGACUGAGGUAGACACAUUAGGCAAGCAAGGAGAGAGUAGAUUGAGAGUAUUAGUGUUAUCUGGUACAUAGAGAGUGAUGUGUGUGUGUGUGUGUGCUUCUGGCUGUGUCUCAUUCAAGAAGCAUUAAGCAGAGAAGGGGGGGGGGGGGUGGCCUCAGGUCUCUUCAGAACUUGACAUGGUUCGCAAAUCCCUCCAGUAACAGUGACACACUCACUCUCUCACUAUCUCUCUCGCUCUCUCACAGCAUUCAAAUGGUUCUACUUAAAUGCUUGAUUUCAAACUGUAAUCAGGAUGAUGUCAUUGUUUAAUAAUGUUAGCUGAUUGUAGUUAGUGACUUGUAAUGUGUGUUUUAAUAUAGUUCCUGGAGUGGUCCCCUACUAUCAUGCUCAGAGAGGUCAAAAGUACACCACAUAAGGCUGUUUUUCCCCAUUCUGCUAAUAACAACCCCGUACUGAUGAUCAACUUCUGGUCCUGCUUGGACUAAAACCUUUACGGCAUUUACUCAGACUGAAUACUGAGGUACGUUGUCCAGCUCAGGAGGACUGACACUAAGGCUGUCCUGAUAUGGACACCGUACUACUGAGCAGUUUUCUAACAGAGUUAGAGAAAAGUUAGAGCUCAACACUCGACUGCAUCUUUACCUGGCUCAAGACCAAGAAAACUGAACAUAACAGACCAGCUAGCAGGGAACCUAUACCAGUGUCUCCAGCAGGCUCCUCCUCAUGUCAUGGCUCAUUGGUUAGAGGUCCAAACACCUCAUUUACAGAAACCUCAGGCUAUGAGAUCAGGUACUUAAAAAGCCAUACCAACCCAUUCACACCCCGCUCGGGUGCAAACAAAUAAAAACACGAUAUCACCCCAACUAAACUAGGAUGAUUCUGUCUUAAUGUGCCAUUUCAGGGACCAAGGAGCCCCGCGGUCGUUCUAGUGCUGUAGACUCGCAGGUAAUGUCUGUCGCAGCACGACUCCUGGCUCCUAGAUGUUCAAAGUGCUGAGUUCUGCCUCUGAGACCUGAAAGACACUUCCAAAGGGACAUCAGACUGAGAUUGGCAGCUUUUAGGACUUUGGUCCAUUUCAACCACCAUUACUCCCCAAUCGGAAGAGGCAGCAUGUGGAGGGAGGAGAGGAAUGGGGGAGAUUACCAGACAGCUGACACAGGUGUACAUGGAAUAGCACAAGGGAGCUUUUUUCAAUGCACCAGCCCAGGUACCGUGCUUCUUCUUGCAUAGGGGCAGGGAUCUCUCGAAAGUAUAUGCCCAACAAUUUCUCUGUGACGGGAUUAGCCGAGAGCUCUGAAUGAUUUCCUACGAUUCUGUGACUCAACAAUUCCGUGAUCCUGGUUCUAGCGGUUUUAAGAGCCGCUAUUCCAACGUUGAAAAGCUUCCCCUCUGGACAAGGGACAUUCUGGGCUUUUUUUCUUUGAAGAUGGUUCCGCAUCCCUUUUUCUGCUGCUUUCAGGUGUUCCUCUCAUCCUCCCCUCCCUCUUUCCAUCCCUCUUCUCACUACCUCACCAUCUCUUCCCCCUCUUGCGCAAUCUGCUAG